UUUUCUCUUUAUAAGCCCCGCAGUGCCCGGAUGUGCAUGGAUUACAAUGUAUCUUUCAGGGAAACCUAUUAUUAUCAAUGUGACUCCACGGGGGAGUCAAUGGUGAUGAUGAUGGUGAUGAUGAUGAUGAUGAUGAGAAAUCUCUAAACUUGGAACAAGUUUAAGACUUUAUAGGAGACGAAGAAAAAAACCAACCAACAAGAUUUGUUUGAGGAAAAUUAUUAACUAUUCUGUUUACAUAUUUUUUUAAAGGAACAAUAAGGAAAGGGGAGAAAAAAGUUGGUGGAUUUUUCUUUUUUUUUCUUUUUUUUUGGUGGGUGUGGGUGAAAUUUUCUUGAAGUUCUUUUAUGGUGGAAAAUGCAAAAAUCAGAGCCAGGUGCAUGAUCUUGUGAUCUGUGGAAUAUCCCUGGAGCAGGACUGAGUACCAGUUAAAAAGUACUUUUUGGGGGAUACACAUGUGAGAUACUAAGCACUUGCAGAAGAUUUUCUCUUUUUCAAAAGUCUCUUUCCUUGGAAUAUUGUGAGAAUAUUUGUGGCCAUUUAAGGUUUGUGUGAUUUUGCUAAAAUGCAUCACCAACAGCGAAUGGCUGCCUUAGGGACGGACAAAGAGCUGAGUGAUUUACUGGAUUUCAGUGCGAUGUUUUCACCUCCCGUGAGCAGUGGGAAAAAUGGACCAACUUCUUUGGCAAGUGGACAUUUUACUGGCUCAAAUGUAGAAGACAGAACUAGCUCAGGGUCCUGGGGGAAUGGAGGACAUCCAAGUCCAUCCAGGAACUAUGGAGAUGGGACCCACUAUGAACAUAUGACCAGCAGGGACCUUGGAUCACAUGACAAUCUUUCUCCUCCUUUUGUCAAUUCCAGAAUACAAAGUAAAACAGAAAGGGGUUCAUACUCGUCUUAUGGGAGAGAAUCAAACUUACAGGGUUGCCACCAGCAAAGUCUCCUUGGAAGUGACAUGGAUAUGGGCAAUCCAGGAGCUCUCUCACCAUCCAAACCUGGUUCCCAGUACUAUCAGUAUUCUAGCAAUAACCCCCGGAGGAGGCCUCUUCAUAGUAGUGCCAUGGAGGUACAAACAAAGAAAGUUCGAAAAGUUCCUCCGGGUUUGCCAUCUUCAGUUUAUGCCCCGUCAGCGAGCACUGCCGACUACAAUAGGGAUUCACCAGGUUAUCCAUCUUCAAAACCAGCAGCCAGCACUUUUCCUAGCUCCUUCUUCAUGCAAGAUGGCCAUCACAGCAGUGACCCUUGGAGCUCCUCCAGUGGGAUGAAUCAGCCUGGCUACGGAGGAAUGUUGGGCAAUUCUUCUCAUAUUCCACAGUCUAGCAGCUACUGCAGCUUGCAUCCACAUGAACGUUUGAGUUAUCCUUCACACUCCUCAGCAGACAUCAAUUCUAGUCUUCCUCCGAUGUCCACUUUCCAUCGUAGUGGUACAAACCAUUACAGCGCCUCUUCCUGCACACCACCUGCUAAUGGAACAGACAGUAUAAUGGCAAAUAGAGGAAGUGGUGCAGCAGGCAGUUCACAGACCGGCGAUGCUCUGGGGAAAGCACUUGCUUCGAUCUAUUCUCCAGAUCACACUAACAACAGCUUUUCAUCAAAUCCUUCAACUCCUGUUGGCUCUCCUCCUUCUCUCUCAGCAGGCACAGCUGUUUGGUCUAGAAAUGGAGGACAGGCAUCAUCAUCUCCUAAUUAUGAAGGACCAUUACAUUCUUUGCAAAGCCGAAUUGAAGAUCGCUUGGAAAGACUGGAUGAUGCCAUUCAUGUUCUCCGGAACCAUGCGGUUGGGCCUUCAACAGCUAUGUCUAGUGGUCAUAGUGAUAUGCAUGGAUUAAUAGGACCUUCUCAUAAUGGUGCCAUGGGUGGUCUUGGAUCAGGAUAUGGGACAGGUCUUCUUUCAGCCAACAGGCAUUCACUCAUGGUCGGUGCCCAUCGGGAAGAUGGUGUGGCUCUAAGAGGCAGCCAUUCUCUUGUGCCAAACCAGGUUCCAGUCCCACAACUCCCGGUUCAGUCGGCUACUUCCCCUGACUUGAACCCUCCCCAAGAUCCAUACAGGGGCAUGCCAGCUGGAUUGCAGGGGCAGAGUGUAUCCUCAGGUAGCUCUGAGAUCAAAUCUGAUGAUGAGGGAGAUGAAAACCUGCAAGACACAAAAUCUUCUGAGGACAAGAAAUUAGACGACGACAAGAAGGAUAUCAAAUCAAUUACUAGGUCAAGAUCUAGCAAUAAUGAUGAUGAAGACCUUACACCAGAGCAGAAGGCCGAGCGUGAAAAAGAAAGGAGGAUGGCCAACAAUGCCCGUGAGCGCCUGCGUGUGCGUGACAUUAAUGAGGCUUUCAAGGAGCUGGGCCGGAUGGUACAACUCCAUCUGAAGAGUGACAAGCCCCAGACAAAACUCCUGAUCCUCCACCAGGCUGUGGCUGUCAUUCUCAGCUUAGAGCAGCAAGUGCGAGAAAGGAAUCUGAAUCCUAAAGCAGCAUGCCUGAAAAGAAGGGAAGAAGAAAAAGUAUCUUCAGAGCCUCCUCCACUUUCGUUGGCCGGACCUCACCCUGGAAUGGGAGAUGCAUCAAAUCAUAUGGGACAGAUGUGAAAUGGUCCAAGUUGCCACAUUUCUUCAUUAAAACAAGAGACCACUUCUUAACAGCUGUAUUAUCUUAAACCUACAUAAACACUUCUCCUUAAUCCCCUUUUUUGUAAUAUAAGACAAGUCUGAGUAGUUAUGAAUCACAGACGCAAGAGAUUUCAGCAUUCCCGAUUAUCAAAAAACAAAAAACAAAAAAAAAGUGCAACUUGAGGGACGACUCUCUUUAACAUAUCAUUCAGAAUGUUUAAAGCAGAAUGUUGCGAGCUGUGGCACGCAGCCCAGAGACUGAAUGGCAAUCUUCUCCACACUGUGGAACAAUGCAUUUGUGCCUAAACUUCUUUUGGAAAAAAAAAAAUAUAAUUAAUUUGUAAGUCUGAAAAAAUAUUUAAUUUAAAAAUUGUAAACUUGCAAUAAUGAAAAAGUGUACUUCUGAAGAAAACUACAUGAACGUUUUUGUUGGUGUUGUAGUCAGCUAGUGUUUCUACUUACUGGAUAUUGAAGGGGGAGCUUUGCUGCCCUAGUUACAAAACCAGCAAACGUCCUAAUGAAAAUGAAGUGAUGACAUUAGCCAUUCCUUAGGGUAGGAGGAACAGAUGGAUCUUAUAGACCUAUGACAAAUAUAUAUAUAUAAAUAUAUAUAUAAAUAUAUAUUAAAAAUUUAGUGAAUAUGG